UGACUCUGCAACGAGUCCUUCCAACUUUCAACAGGGACAGCAGGCCAUUCACAAACGCCACUCCACCUUUCUCUGUCUCGAGUUGGCUUUUGAAAAAGUGGGUAAAAGGAAAAGCUGACCCUUCUAACUCUCAAGGCUGCCCAUGACAACUCACCACAAUUCUCUCCAGGUAACUCUGGACUUGUCUUCUUCAGUGGCAUUUCCUGCGUCAAAGAUUUCGUGCUAGUAUCUGAUCUGUGGCAACAUCACCACUGCUGUUGGCUGGGGUGAAUGUGGAGCCAUGUUGCAUGCUGAUCCUAGCAGAUCGUAUUCUUGGUUGUGGGAUAGCCAUAUCAAUACGAAGAACUCGAAAUGGCUUCAAGAAAACCUCACAGAUAUGGAUGUCAAAGUCAAAGCAAUGAUCAAGAUUAUAGAGGAAGAUGCAGACUCCUUUGCAAGAAGAGCAGAGAUGUAUUACAAGAAACGACCAGAGCUUAUGAAGCUAGUUGAGGAAUUCUAUAGAGCAUAUCGUUUAUUAGCAGCAAGAUAUGACAAUGCAACUGGUGAGCUUCGGCAAGCUCAUCGAGCAAUGGCAGAAGCAUUUCCAGAUCAAAUUCCUUUCAACUUGUCUGACGAUUCUCCUCGGGCAUCCUCUGUUUCAGACAGUGAACCUAAUACAUCUGAAGUAACAAACCUGGUGCGGUCCUUGUUGGAUUUAGAUGAUCUCCAAAAAGACUCGUCAAGCUCAUCAUCACUUCCUUCAUUUGUCAAAAAGAGUGGAAUUUUCUCUGAAGAAAAUGAUGCUGUGACAAGCAAGAAAGGGUUGAAACAGCUCAAUGAGAUGUUUCUAUCACCUUCAGACAAGAAAACUCCUGAAUCUGGAGGAGGUAUGGGAAUUGGAAAAUAUGCAGAUGGAAAGUCAAGAAGGCGUCUAACCUUUCCAGAGGGUGAAGAGAAGAGUUGUGAACUUGGACCACAUACUGGGGCAGGUGCUGGUCAGAAAAAUGAGGUUGUCGUCCGAGAUAUGGGAACACAAUAUGAAGCUCCACAUGCUGCAACAGAAGAAACUCAGAGCAAGGAUGGGAAGCAACUUGAUGGGAUUGGUGUGGCUCGGGAUUCUAAAGUCCCAACUGAGUCAGAAGAGCGGUUAAGCAAAGCAGAAGCAGAAGUUCAUGAUCUGCAUAUGGCACUUUCCAAAUUGAGACAGGAACACAAAGCUGCUACAGUUUGUAGUCAACAACACCUGGAACAAUAUCAGAACUCCUUGCGGAGAAUAUCUGAUCUGGAGACUGAAGUUUCUCGUGCACAUGAAGAAAUAAGAAGGCUGAAUGAGGAUAUGGUAAGUGGGACAGUGAGAUUCAAGAGUGCCGAAGAGAAAGUUAGUUUGUUAGAGAGGUCAAAUCAGACUCUGCAGUUGGAGUUGGAUAGUUUGGAGAAAAAAUUGAUACUGCAAGAAGAAAAACUUAAAAAAGAGCACCAUGAGAUUGAACAGCUCAGGCUUCAAAUGCAAGAAGAGCACUUGAACCAUGAGACAGCUCUUCAAUCUACUAGUCAACUAAACUCACAACUAGAGGAACAAUAUAAAAAUCUGGUUUUGGAGCUUGGGAAAGUGACAAACCUCUUGAAAGAUAUGGAGCAUAGGAAUAAAAUCUUGGAGGAAGAAAUUGUUGGACUGAAAGAAGAAAUUAAUAGUGUGAGUACCUCAAACGUGGCAUGCACAACAACAAUAAAGAAACUGCAAGAUGUUCUGUGCAGCUUGAAUGAGACCAAACAGAAACUUGAAGAAGAAGUUGGGCUUCAUAUCCACCAGAAAAAUGCUUUACAGCAAGAACUUUCCUGUCUGAAAGAGGAAAGGCACGAUUUGGACGAUAGAUACAAAGCUUUAAUAUGGCAAAUAGAGUCAGCGGGUUUGGAUUCAAAAUGUGUCCAAUCAUCUGUAAAAGACUUACAAGAUGAAAUCAUUCUUCUGAAGGAAAAUUGUAACAAGAAAGAUGAAGAAAAGGGAGUUAUAUCUGAGAGACUGAAAAAUAUGGAAAAGGUUCUUGAGGAGAAUAUUUUAUUGGAAAAAUUACUUUCAGACAAAAACAAUGAUUUGGAUAUUAUGAGAGAAAAGUUGAGGAUUUUGGAAGAGUCCUUCGAUUCUCUCAUGAAGGAGAAAUCAAUACUUGUCAAAGAAAAGGACAAUUUAUUGGCAAAAGUGGAUGACAUGGUGCAGAAACUGCAGAUAAAGGAGGCAUUGAAUGCAGUGGCUGAAGAAAAGCGCCUUUAUCUGGAAAAAGAGAUUGAAUCAGUUGUCAAUCAGGUCAAGGAGCUUCAGACAUGCUUGAAUCUACAAAAAGAAGAAAGUGAAAGUAUUCUUCAGUCUAGCAGAACUCAAUUGGAUGACAUGAAAAUAAAAAUAAAUUUCCUUCUAGAUGAAAGUGCACAGAGAAUGGCAAAACUAGAAGAGAAAGAAGAUUGUAUUCUUAGAGCUCAAAUUGAAACCAUUGUGAUACAAGGUGUUAUGCUUGAUAUGUGCAAAAAAAGUCAAAAUCUCUCUUUAGAAUGCCAGAAAUACCUUACGAUGUUGUCAAACACUAACCAUCUGAUCUCUGAAUUGAAACAGAAGAAUCUAGAACAACAGAUGCAAGUAGAAUCCAUUUUUGACAAGCAUUCUUUGACUGUAGAACAGAAUUUGAAGCUUAAAUCUGGUAUAGAGCAGUUGGCUCGGUUACUUCAUAUAGAUGAGGACCACAAUAACCCUGAUAAAAUUGGGAGUGAAAUAGUUUUUCAGAAGCUUCAGAACAGAGUUGAGGCCACGAGCACACUACUUGUGACUACUCAAACUGAAAAUGCACGUCUGUUUCUUGAGAACACGAUAAUUGCCACGUUACUAGAACAGUUGGGAUGGGAAAUGUCUGAUUUGUUCGUGAAGAAGAUGGCACUUGAUAUGGAGGCAGCAGCACAGGCAGAGGAACUGAUGAUUUUGCAAAGUAGAAAGCUUGAGCUUGAGAAAAUCAUUGAACUACUGGGACAGAAGGUACUUUCAAUGGAAGAUAAAGAAAAUAUCCUGGAGGCUGAUAUUCGUCUUGCUUGUAGACAGCUAUCUGAGUCUGAAGAAUUGAAUAGGUCACUGGAAAAUCACAAUCACAAGUUAUAUGAAGAGAAUAUAUCCCUGACAGAGGAUAUUCUUUAUCUGAAGGGGCAGAAGUAUAUGCUAGAAGAAGAAAAUAGUGCUAUCCUCCAUGAGACACUCUCAUUGGGAAAUCUUGCUGUGAUCUUUGAAUGUUUUAACGGUGAGAAGGAAGUAGAGAUACGUAGACUUAAUGAAGCUUUAGAUUGCAUCCAUGGGACUAAUUACACCCUCAGGGAGGAGGUGAGAGCAAUCAUUGAAAAGUUGAAAGCAUUAGAAAUGGAGAACUCGGGUCUCAAAGAACUGGUUGGGAAAUUGGAAGGGUACAAGAUCUGUUCACUAUCCUUGGAAAAUGAGGUUGAUAAAUUCAGGAAUGCAUGUGGGGAGUUAAAAAAACAGAUUGAGCUUGGACAGAAUUUACUGAAUGAGAAGGAAUUCAAGCUGUCUAAUGCAGAGCAGAAACUUGAAAAGAUGCAAAUUGAGCAAGCAGAGAUUAUGAGAGAACUUGAACUGGUCAAGAAGGAAUACAAUGAGGCUAUGACAAGGAAAUCAGCACUGGAGAGAGAUAUGAUGGAAAUGACUAUUGAUAAUGCUAACAAAUCCAAGAAAAAUGACCAAAUGCAUGAAGAGAAAAAGAUGUUAAAUUCGGAGUUGGAUAGACUGCAUAAAAAAGGUGAUGAUCUCAAACUCCAGAUGGAGCAUCUAAAAACUCAGCUGAAGCAAAACAUGGAUGAGAUUGAGCUGUUGCACACUUGCUGUGCAACAUGGUACUACGACCUUCAAGUGUCUGUCAUUCAUGCUGCAGUACUUGAGCAAAAGGUAUAUGAAUUGAUUGAUGCAUGUAAGAGUAUUGAACAACACUCACAAGCACAGGCAAAAAAGUUUUUAGAUGAAAAUAAUUCCAAAAACGCAGAGAUUCAUCAACUGGAGAGAAGAAAUGCUUUUCUGGGAGAAGAAAAUGAAAAAAUGAAACUAGAAUCUAUUGGAUAUUUCUCUCUCAUAUUAUCUCUAAAGGAAAGCAUAAUACGGCUUGAGGAUCGAUGCUUUACUUUGAUGGGGAUCCAGCAAUGCAUACCAGAGGAUGAUAGAUCAAAUCACAGUAACUACACAAGUUCAGUUCAUCAAUGGAGUGAGGAUAAGGGUGGUGAGAAGCAAGAUGGGCUACAAGAGCUGCACAAAUUGCUGGCGAAAAUUGAAGCAAUUGAUGUGACUGUGGGAGGCUUUGAAAACAUAAAAAAAGAAUAUCAUGAAGUUAAACUCAUAAAAGAAGCUUUGGAGAAUGAGCUGAAUAUUUUGGCAGAGGAGAUUGUCCUGAAAAGCAAAGAGAUGACGAGUAUUCAUGAAGACAAGGCAAAACUAGAAAUAGAAUCUUAUGAACUGCUAGAAGAACUUGAUCAAUGCCAAUUCCGGGAGAAGUAUUUCAAGUGUGAACUAGAAGCAAAAGCAGAGGAGAUUGAACUGUGGCAGACAAGCUCCGAAACCUUGUAUCAUGAUCUUGAAAGCUGCUCCAUCCACGAAAUGCUGAUUGAGCAAAAGUGGCUUGAAUUGAUGGGAGCAAGUGAGAGCCUUGAAAUUAAGUCUCAACAUGAGACCAAGAAAUUACUUGAUGAUAUUGCUGCUCGAAGUGUGGAAGUUGAUGAAUUGCAGAAGAAAAUCAUGAAACUAGAAGAAAUAAAUGAAGAAAUGAGUGAGAGAUCAAAUAGAAAUUUGUCUCUGGUGUCGUCUGUAAAGGAAAGACUGUCCUCUCUUGAAGAUCGCUGUUUAGCAGCAUUAGGGGAUCGAGCAUCAGGAACUCACAAGGGUGCUGGCCUACAUGAUCAGCAGAAUAUCACAAGCUUGGUUCCUGAACCUGCUCUGAAGUGUGCUGGAACAGAGAAAGUGGUUCUAGAGCUGCAAGAACUGCUAGUUAAGUUUAAGUCUGUUGAAGGAUUGGUCGUAGAACUAAGCCAGCUCAGUCAUUUCAUCAAGGACAAGGGUACUGGAGCACGAGUUGCUGGUUCAUUUGGAAAAGGCAGAACAGAAGACACCGAAGCAGAUGAGCAGAUGCUGGAACUGUGGGAAACUGCUGAAAGGCAAUCCAAUCACGAAACUGAGAACCUUACAUCAGUCAAAGGCACAUCACGUGAUGUGGAUUCUGAGAAAAUAAUUUCCACAAAAAAAGCACAGAAGAACCAGGAGCAUGAGCUUUCUGAAUUGCAAGUCGAGAGAGAAGUGGCAGUCGAUAAGAUAGAGGUGUCCUGUGAAAGCGAGAACAAGAGAGUCAGAGACAUGCUUACAUCUGAAUCUCAUCGCCUAAUGGAUCUGCAAAACAAUGCACAAGAACUGAAUAGAAGGUUUGAAAAAUUGAGGAACGGUUCUCAUGCAGAUGGUCUUGAAAUCGACAAUGCAAUAGAGCAGUUAAGGGGAAUAGAGUUGUCAAUCUUACAGUUGGUUGAACUCAACCAUAAAUUGUUGAAGAAUAAUCAAAGUAGUUCUAUUAUAUCCUCCGAAAGAGAAACAGGGAAAUCUGAUGCGCUCACAGGCAGAACAGAAGAUUUGCCAGAUAUUGACAGAUCACAUGUGCAGGAAGCAAGAAGAAGGUCAGAAAAGAUUGAGCAAUUUGAAAUUGAGCUGCAAAGAAUGGAGUUCAUCUUAAGGAAGUUGGAGGACGGACAUGUUAAAAGAAUCCAUGCAUCUGUGGAAAAACGUGCACGAGUCCUACUGAGAGAUUAUCUUUAUGGUGGAAGAGGAAACCGUAAACAGAAGAAAGCUCCAUUUUGUGGCUGUAUGCGGCUUUUGACAAAGGAUGAUUGAACUGCAGUCUUUUGCUAAAGGUUCUGCUGCUGUGGCAGAUAAAAGGUUUACCAAGACAGGAGAAAGUCUAUUUUUUCAUGGGUGCAAUUUGGCAUUUGCCCAUUAUUGUUGCACGCCAAGCGGCUCUUUUUUGGUUUUGUCUGAUGUAGAGAAUUUUACGUCUCAUAGUUGAGUUAGCAGACAUCCAGAUUAUGUCAAAGUUGUAUAGUCAAUGAUGUGUCCAAGCUAUUAGAAAUUGUUUGCAUCGGCUUGUUUAUUCUUUUUCGUAUCUGGUGAAUUUACGAGACCAGCAGAAUAGUGUGUUGCAUGUAAUUUUAAGCUUAAUGAGUGGCCAGGCUUCUGAAUUUGAGGUUUCU